CCACUAAAAAAAAAUGUUGUGAUGGCCGAGAGACGCCGGCUGCCAAGCUCGGAGCCUCCCCCAGGAACCCCCCCACUGGAAAAGAGAUCAAAACUACAAGAAGAACGAGAACCUCAAGAGAGUCCCCAAGGAGAGGAACCGGAUCUCCUAGCGGAAGAGACUCUCGACACAACUCCUAGGAACGACAGAAGGCUGGAAGUUGAGGAAGCUGUCCCGAGUACUUCGGGAACCCUUGGCCUCGUGCAAUCCAGCAUGGGGAGAAAGGCCGAAGGGUCCCUGGAGUCUUCCUUCGUCGGUGAACACGCGCACUAUCAGGAGUUAUCGCAAAUCGGUGAUGGAGCUUAUGGAACUGUCUACAAGGCUAAGGACGUAUCGAGCGGUCAGGUGGUUGCACUGAAGAAGGUGCGUGUUUCUCUGACUGAGGAUGGUCUCCCCACAUCCACGUUGAGGGAAAUCGCAGGAUUGAAGCAGCUCGAAAGGUUUGAGCAUCCAAAUAUCGUCAGACUUCUGGACGUCUGCCAGGGAAAUUACCUCCAGCCUCCGGACAGGGGCGAGAGAACUAGACGGACUGAUAGACCUGACAAAGGACUUACGUUGUGGCUUGUCUUCGAGCACGUCGACAGGGACCUCGCCAAGUUCAUCUCUGCUUGUCCACCAGCUGGAAUGCCACCCGCUUUGGCCAAACAAAUGUCCAGGGAAAUCCUGCUUGGGGUUGAUUUCUUACAUAGUCAUAGGAUCAUUCAUAGGGAUUUGAAACCACAGAAUAUCCUUGUAACGUCCGAAGGCAGGAUCAAGAUCGCGGACUUUGGAUUGGCGAAGACUUACGAUUUUGAGAUGAGACUGACUUCUGUUGUCGUUACUCUGUGGUACAGAGCUCCAGAGGUACUAUUGGGAUGUGCCUACGCUACUCCUGUGGAUCUAUGGUCAGUUGGGUGCAUUUUGGCAGAGUUAAAUACACUGAAACCGUUGUUUCCUGGGAGCAGUGAAGGAGAUCAGCUUGAUCGCAUUUUUAAAAUUAUUGGAACACCAACUCAAGAAGCAUGGCCGAAGAACGUCUCCCUGAGUUAUACAGCAUUUCCCCAAAGAAUAGCAACACCACUUCGCAUCGUGAUUCCGGAGCUGAGUCCCGCUGGAAUCGAUCUCAUAUUUAAAAUGCUCACCUUCGAUCCCCACAUCAGAUUAACCGCAUCCCAGGCUCUUCAGCAUCCCUACUUUACCACAGACACUUCAUAACACUCCUAGCCGUUUAUUCAAACAAUAUAUUAUACAUAAAUCAAAAAUAUGUAAACGUACUUGCAUGUACAGAAACUGAAUCCCGAAUUUUAAUUGUAAUCGUAAAAUGCAUAUCAAUUAGUUUUAUUAUGCACAUUAUUUAAGUUCUCUGUAUUUAUGUAUAGACAUAGACUAUGAAUUAGUAAUAUUAGUGAAAAAUGUUUUCACUUUGUGAGAGGAGGUCGAAGCACUCGACGACGUGCGUUCGUUUGUUCAAUCGUUAAUUAAUUGUUAAUGAUGUUUAUAGAAUUUUAUAAUCACGUAAGACUGGGGUCAAUGACCCACUUAGGACUGUUGAAAAGUAUUAGGAUACUUUUUUGAGUUUAACCAGAAGAAUCACUGCCGAUUUUAGUUUGUAUGUUUCUCUUGUAUAUUCAAUUGAGGACGUAGUUCGUUAAGUCUUUGGUUUACAAUUGACAUAUGAGAUAUUUAGGAAAAAUGUUAGAGUAAUUUGUUGCUGUACCUUAAGACGUCCAUCCCAUCGAAAUUUGGAUUGUCGAAAUAUUGAAAUAUAUACUAUAAUAUUAUUUAUAAUGAUUUUUAAGAUUAAUUUAGUUAUAAACGUGUGGAAUUGUUUGCGUACAGUCAUUUCUUUGUUGUUCAUGUUUGCCAUUCUUGCGGGACUGAUAUGAGUCGGUUUAGAUGAAAACGAUAGACAUCUUUUCUGGGAUAUUUUAUAUGACGACAGAAAAGGUUUCUUGAAAUUUUCGUUCAACACCAUUCAUUCUUCAGAUAUUUGUAUGAUUGAAAAAAUUGAAUGUUUGACUCGACCGUUUUGCUAUUGCGCUAAUGAAGGGUCGAAUAUAAUAACAGAAACUAAAGCCUGUAGCUUGAUGGUUUUGUAUCCUGGAUAUAUUAACACUGAUUCUGAAAAUAAAAAAGUUCCAUUUUCA